AUGGAACGAGGAAGAGGAGGGACUCUGAAGAUUCUGUUCCUGUUGACACUCUGUCUGCAAGCCUUCACUGGUCAAUGCCAAGAUUCAGGGCAUUCCUCUGAACUGAGGAUUGUUCUGGUGGGGAACACUGGAUCAGGGAAGAGUGCAACAGGAAACACCAUCCUGGGGAGAAAGGUGUUUAGAGAUGCCUUCUCCCUUGAGUCUGUGACUGAUCACUGUGAGAAACAGAGUGGAGUGGUGGAUGGGAGGAAGAUUGAUGUCAUCGACACCCCGGGGCUCUAUGACACAACAAUGUCUCAAGACAAGAUGAAAAGUGAAAUAGAAAAGGCCAUCUACAUGUCAGUCCCAGGACCCCACGCCUUCCUGCUGGUGAUCAGACUGGGGAGGUUCACAGAGGAGGAGAGGAACACUGUGAAGUGGAUCCAGGAGUUCUUUGGAGAAGAAGCAUCAAAGUACACCAUCAUUCUGUUCACCGGUGGAGACCAGCUGGAGGACGUAUCAGUGGAGGACUUUGUGAAUGACAGUCAGGAGCUUAAGAAACUCGUCAAGGUCUUUAAGGGCAGACAUCAUGUCUUCAAUAAUAAAAAGAAGAAUGACAUCACUCAGGUCACAGAGCUGCUGAAGAAGAUAGAUGAGAUGGUGAUGAAGAAUGGAGGACAACACUACACCAAUGAGAUGUACCAGGAGGCCCAGAGGAAGAUCAAAGAAGAGGAGGAGAGGAAGAAACAGGAAGAGGAGAAGAGAGGACAGCAAGAGAGGGAGAAACUGGAGGGGGAGAUCAGGAAACGUGAAGAGAAGGUGAGAGAGGAGGAGGAGAGGAAGAAACAGGAGAAG